AAACUGAUCGGUUACAAACAGAAACAGGACAAGUAUCAGCAUGAAGUUUCCUAUACUACACUUUCUCCACAAGACAACUAAAGACACGUCUAAAUCAAUGUAUGGCUGCUAGGAAUAGAUGUGUGAAAUCUAAAUAACCUUUAGAUCCAUCUAAGAUUUCGAUUCCCAGUAAAAAAAUAAUAUAAAAAAUGGGACCAAAAAAAUAAAUCCUAUAUUGCUUCAUAAAACAUAAUCUUCCAAUAUUGCUUUAUAUAAACGAAAAUGCAUCAGUGCACUUGAGCGUGCAGCACACACUGGUGAGAAUGCCCACUUCCAUGUUUUGAGAAGUUCUGACAAAACUUAUACAUGUACAUUGUUGGAUGUAGUUCGAAUCUGCAAGUGUUGGUGCAAAAAUAAAACUAUCUAUUUAUGUGCUAGAUAAAAAAGACAAACUGUUUACAUUUAUAGUUGUUGUUUUACUUCUGUUGUUGUUUCUCAUAAAAAGUUUAACCAGCUGAAAAUGCUAUCUUUUGCUACCUCUAUGUGUCUGACUCUCUGUCAUGCUAUGUGUCUGACUCUCUGUCACGCGCACUCUGUGACACAACUGCCAAUAUUCGCAUUGGCUCUCCUAAUAAAGAGGUCCAUGCUUUUCCUCUCCAUCGUAAAGAAUAACCCCUAAAAAUGGACAGGACGCAGGCACUUUCUGUUAACCUGUCUUUAUUUAGGCAAACGCAUUACCAUAUAAGUAGGACCUUGCAUAGCGUCCCGUCUAACUUGAGCAACAUCGCAAGCGCGCAAACCAAACCUCCCAAUGGCAUCCUUCUACGCAGCCAUAGGUUUCAUCCUCCCCUUUCUCCUCACCAUCGCAUUGCCCCAAUCUACUGGUUCCCCUCCUGCGGCGCCGUCGACCACCGGGUCAUUAUCCAUCGAGGACGCCUGCAAGCAGACCACCAAGCUCUACGACCUCUGCAUGGCGACGCUCUCCCCGGACCGGUCCUCCUUGACGGCUGAUGCUGUGGGCCUGACCAGGGCGGCCAUCCUGGCUGUCCAGAAGAACGCGUCCGAGACAGCCACAUACCUCACGAACAUCGAUGAAGAUGACAACUUCAAUAAAACGGCGCAGCUGCAACAAUGCCUCGAGGGCUGUGGGGAGCGGUAUGAGGCGGCCGUGGAGCAGCUGGCAGACGCGACAAUCGCGCUGGACAUGGGGGCAUACGACGAGUCGCAGGUGCUGGUAUCUGCAGGCCAGGCGGAGGUGAAGCUGUGCCAGAAGGGGUGCCAGGACUCACCAGAACACCAGAGCAUCCUCAUGGCGCGCAACACCGAGGUCGACCAGCUCUGCAAUAUCACUCUCGCUAUCGCCAAGCUUAUCCCCCGGUGACCGGACUCUGCUCGCUCAUGGUGGUAUAUGACUGCCAUAUUGCCUUUGAAGACAUGGUGGCUAGUGAAUUAAUUUAUCUAGCAGAUGGGAGCCAGACCUUCUGUGUAAACUAGCUGAAUAGCCAUAUUUUACUAUGGCUAGAUAACCAUGCUGCGCAACAUAUUAUGCUAUCGUCGUCAUACUCAGUCGGGUCCACACCAAAAGAUUAAGUUAGUUCAUUUCAUUUUCUUCAGUAUACAAAUUGACAAUAUGUGUUGCCCAAAAUUGGCAGGUUUCACCUGUUCCAA